AAGACGAUAACACAAAAAAUGUUUUGAAAGACAAUGACGCAAAAAAUAUUUCAGAAAAUGACGACGCAGAAAACGUUACUUCUUUCAAUAUUGGUAUACAUAAAAAAGACUUAAAUUUAACUAAUGAUAAAGAGUUAACUGACAGAAAGACUAAAACCUUAUCAGAAAUGACAGAUGAAGAGAUCGUUCCUGAACAUGAUAUAGAAGAAUAUAUUAAUGAUUUGUAUAGGCCAUUAUUUGACAUUGUAGAUAAAGAAGUUUUAAUGAAUAUUGAUAUAUUGGAAGGAAAGUCUUCUAACUUCAAAGGUUUCGAUGAUGAAUAUGCAACAUCUGCUUAUGAAGAUCUUGCCAAGAUUCUUACAUAUUCUGAGUAUCGAAAAGAGGAAGUUAUCAUAAAUAUUCAUCAGAUUUGA